CAUCCUAUUAGUUGGUUGGGGAAAAUAAGACAUUAUCAGUGUUUGCAGUCUUCAAUACGGUUAGUGUUGUGUUGGUGUUGUUGAAGUUGGUGUUGUCCAACAAUGAAAACAAAAUAAUAUAGAAAGACAACGCGGAAUAUCCUGGAACGACUUCAAAUAAAAUACGCAUCCCUUCUUUAAGAACUGGACUGCUUCAGAAGAAAAAAAACAACAACAGCUCUCUCUUGAGUUGUCAUUAUGGCAAGGACUAUUUGCACAAUAGUAGAAUUAUGUGUUUAUUUGUCAGCGUGCAGCCUGACUGUGACAGUCGCGUGGUCACGUGAUCAACCCUGGGAGAGCAUGUUCCAUCGUUCAGCUGAGAGUGUUGGCAACAUCAGGCUAGGCUCACAACUCCACCAACAGCUCCACGCCAGAACGAGGAGAGCUGCAGCAGACGACGAGGCUGUCUGGCUUCCGGAGACAUUGGCCUUUACGUUCAGCGUAGGUUCUGAUGACGUCAAAUUGAGCCUAGCAAGAAAUGAUUACGUACAGGCGUCACCGCCACUGUUCAUCAUCCGAGGAGGAAAGGUGGUUUUAGCGGAUAAGAAUCUGCAGCAGCAUCAAUGA